AUGCUUAAUCCAUACUGUUACACAGACAUCCUGACGGUCGGUUGUGCUGUCGGGGUGGGCUGCUGCUUCGGUACUCCGCUUGGAGGUGUGCUCUUCAGCAUAGAGGUAACAUCUACAUACUUUGCUGUAAGAAACUACUGGAGAGGAUACUUUGCUGCUACAUUUAGUGCCUUCAUAUUCAGAGUGUUAUCCGUGUUUAAUAAAGAUGCAGUAACCAUCACGGCUCUGUUCAGGACAAACUUUCGUAUGGAUUUCCCUUUUGAUCUGCAGGAGCUGCCAGCGUUCGCCAUCAUUGGGAUCUUCUGCGGGUUCCUCGGCGCGUUCUUCGUCUACCUCAACAGACAGGUGGUGCUGUUCAUGAGAAGACCCAAUGCCAUGACCCGCUUCCUGACUAAACACCGACUGCUUUUUCCCGCUGUGGUAACGCUGAUAAUCGCCACCUUGACCUUUCCACCUGGAUUUGGACAGUUCAUGGCAGGAGAGGUCAGUUUAUAG